AUGGCUUUGAUCUCCGCCUGGUCCCUCGUUUCUCCUAUAUUAUUCUUUUUGAGAUGCUUCUCCUCCAGCACAGCCUCGAGUGAGGGAAGCGUUUUUCUGUUUGACAUUGAAGGUAGCUCAGCGGUCAGCGCGCAAGAAGCCACUGUUAUCAGAGGGCAGCAGCAGGCAGUAGCUACUGGAAGUUGGGUGCCUUUUGCUGAGGGAUGCCAAGAAGGAUUUUAUCGUACCAGCUCAGGAAAAUGCUCUCCUUGCAACUGUAAUGGUAAUGCAAACAGAUGCCUUGAUGGAUCUGGAAUCUGUGUGGACUGCCAGAGAAACACAACAGGACUGCACUGCGAGCAGUGUCCAGAUGGCUUCAUUGGUGAUGUGGUCAGAGGAGUGCCCACAUUCUGCCAGCCCUGCCCCUGCCCCUUGCCAGAGCUUGCCAACUUUGCAGUUUCCUGUUACAGAAAAAGUGGAAGUGUGCGUUGUGUCUGUAAGGAAAACUAUGCAGGACCCAACUGUGAAAGGUGCGCCCCUGGUUACUAUGGGAACCCUUUGCUAAUUGGAAGUACUUGUAAAAAAUGCGACUGCAGUGGCAACUCAGACCCAAAUCUGAUUUUUGAAGACUGUGAUGAAGUGACCGGCCAAUGCCGCAACUGUCUGCACAACACCAGCGGGUUCAAGUGCGAACGAUGCGCUCCGGGUUACUAUGGGGAUGCCAGAUUUGCUAAAAACUGUACAGCAUGUAACUGUGGAGGAAGAAUGUGUGACAGCCAGACUGGAGAAUGCCUCGCAGACAGUCCUGAAAUAUCUACUGACACAGGCUGCCCAACCAUCAGCUGCGAUAAAUGUAUUUGGGAUUUGACAGACGACAUCCGAUUAUCAGUUCUGGCCAUCGAUGAGAGCAAAGCGACUUUACUGAGCAUUUCUACAGGUGUUGCAGCUCAAAAGCGUUUGAAUGACCUGAACCUCACUACCACCCAUCUCCAGGAGGCAAUGUCCAAAAAAAAGGACCAUGCCGAGCUUUGGACCAUCCAGGUUGAUGAUGCUGCAGAUGAAAUGAAUGAUCUCCUGAGAGAGGCAGCAACACUUGAUGAACAGGGAAAUGAAGCAUCCAGCAAAGGCCAACUGAUUGAGAAGGAAACCACGAAGACCAACAACCGUGUGACUCAGCUUGUGCAGCAGCUCAACAAUAUGAGAGAUAACAUUCAAGAAAUAAGCAGCAAGUCGAAAUACUAUGCAAUUCAACAAGAGCUGAGCCCCGAAGAAAUUGCCCAGAAGAGAAGUGAGGCUGAGGAGAUGCUGAAGGAGAUCAAAGGCCGUAAGCCCUUCGCUAAUUCGAGGCAACUUGCAGAUGAGGAGGAAAAUGCAGCAGAGAAAUUGCUACAGCAAGUUGAAGAGUUUUAUGAGAAGUACAAUGACACCAGAUCCCUAGUAUCUGAUGUGCUGGAGCAGUUCAGCGAGCAGGAUGUGAAGCUGUCAGACCUGGAGGAGGCAUUAGACGAGGCACUUGACUAUAUUAUACAAGUAGAGGAUAUAAAUAGGGAAAACACAGCCAGUCUCCAAAGCCAUGAGAAAAAACAUGAGAAAAUAAAAGACCAAAUAGAUGAAGUGAAUGGCACUCUGCUCAGUGCCACCACUAUUUUGGAAGGACCACAAAAGAUCAGCUCUGAGCUAAGUGAGAUAAUAAAGAACGCGUCAGGGUUCUACGCAGAAAUAGAUGGAGCAAGAAAGGAAUUGCAAGACAAAAUAGCCAAUCUGUCUCUCUUUGAUGAUGAUUUGGUAGAAAAGGCUAUGGAUCAUGCACACAACCUAAGAAGACUUGCUGAUGAGCUGGAAGGGAAUUUGUAUGGUGUUGAUUCAAAUGGUUUGGUUCAAAGGGCAAUCAAUGCUUCCAAUGUGUAUGAAAACAUUGCUGGUUAUAUUGAAGAAGCUAAUAAAGCUGCAUUGCUGGCACUGAACACAACAAACAGGGUCAAAGAUGCUGCAGUUGGAAUUGAUACUCAGGUCAUUUACCAUAAAGGUAAAAGUGAAGAACUUCUCAUCCAAGCCAUGCAGCUACAACGGACAGCAUAUGACAGUAACGAUUAUAGCAUUGCGGACACUAGUUGGCAGGUUAAUGGCACUUUUGCCAGAAUGAAUGCUCUGCGAAGCCAACUGAUGAGAGCCAUCACAAAAAUGCAAUCAGCAGAGACAGCAGAGACCAGAGAGCGUUUGGAACAAGCUAAACUGCAGACUGAGAAGGCUGUAAGUGACACCAUGACAGUGACACAGGCUACAACCCCCAUGGAUGAGAACUUGAGGUUGUGGUCUCAAAACCUGCAAGACUUUCAGCACAAUUCAGAGGCAUAUGACAGCGCCGUGCAUUCAGCUGGGGAUGCAGUGAAGAAACUUACAGAAGUUUUCCCUCAACUUCUGGACAAACUUCACAGUGUAGAACAGAAGGCACCAGCAAACAAUGUUUCUUCCAGCAUCCGGCGGAUCAGAGAGUUAAUUGCUCAAACCAGAAGUGUAGCAAGCAAGGUCCAAGUUUCUAUGAUGUUUGGAGGCCAAUCAGCUGUUGAAGUCAAUCCAAAGAUCAACGUGGAGGAACUGAAAUCUUUCACUUCCAUGAGCUUGUACAUAAAGCUUCAGAAAGACAACCCUCAACUGGCAGCAUCUCCAGACAGAUUCAUUUUGUACCUUGGAAACCAAAAUGCAAAACAUUACAUUGGCCUUGCAAUUAAAAAUGACAACCUUGUGUACAUCUAUAAUCUGGGGGGGCAAGAUGUGGAGAUACCUCUGGAUGCUAAGCCUGUCAGUACGUGGCCUUCUUACUUCAGCAUCAUCAAAAUUGAGAGGAUUGGAAGACACGGCAAAAUGUUUUUAACUGUGCCCAGCCUUAGCAGCACAGCUGAAGAAAAAUUCAUCAAAAAGGGAGAGGCUCUUGAUCCUGGCUCUCUCCUUAAUUUGGAACCUGAAAAUGCUGUUUUCUAUGUUGGUGGAGUGCCUCCAGGCUUCAAGCUCCCUCCUAGCCUAAACCUACCUGGCUUCAUCGGCUGCCUGGAACUGGCUACCCUGAACGAUGAAGUGAUCAGCCUGUACAACUUCAAGCAGGUCUAUAACAUUGACACCACCACAUCGCCACCUUGUGCCAGGUAG